AAAAAAAUGUCAGUGAUAGUGGUAGUAAUUGUGAAGAAUAACGUGACAGAAAAAAAAAAUAGGAAACAUAAAAAGCAUUCUGAUGAUAAUAUUAGAUCAUCUUCUGAAGAAAUUGAAAUACAAACCAAAAAGAAAAAGAAAUCUCGUUCACUAAGAGAAGAUGAUUUAUUAAAAGAGUAGAAAAGAAGAUCUGAAGUCAUUGCUGAUUUGGUUGAAAUGUAUAAAUGUGAUUUACAUUCUACUCCAUGUUUUAUUCAAGAUGGUCGGCAUUUGCAGCUUAAUCCUUCUAGAUUACAACUUUGGGCUCGUGAAAUUGUAUUAUUUGAUAUGAAAUCAAGUGUAUUUAUCAAUAAAAAUAAUUCUGCAACGCAAAUGCAAAAUAGUCAAACAUCCAAUACGCCUACUCCUAUUUUUAUUCAAUUACCAAGUCAAGUUUAUCAAAAUCUGACAAAUACUCAUUUGGAAUUACCUUCAUCAAGCAAAUUACCAUCAAUUGGUGAGUUUCUUAAUAACUUAGACCUGAAAUAUAAUUGUAAUAAUAUAUAUGCUAAAUUUGAAGAUGCAUUUCUUGAAGAAGAAAUUACAGUUAAUGCUAUAAAAGAUUUAACAGAUGAGCAAUUGCAAAAGUUAGGCGUGGUGAAAAUUGGAUGGCAAAAAAAUAUUAAACAAGCAGCGCAACAAUAUUGACUUAAUGUAUUUUGAUUAUCA